AUGCUAGGUCACGCAGCGAUCUCCCUGGCGUUUGGUAAUGCUGUUAUUAUAAAGCCGUCUCCCCACACGCCGCUGACGGCUCUACGUCUGGGGGAGCUCUUCAUGGGCAUCGUACCUCCUGGUCUCAUCCAAGUAUUCACUGGACCCGACACUCCGGGAGAUUUUAAUGUUGGUAGCUAUCUAGUUCAACACCCCGGUAUCCGCAAAGUCUCAUUCACGGGCAGCGUUGCGACUGGCAAACGUGUUUUGGCUAACACUAUUGCCGAUCUGACGAGGUGCACUCUCGAACUUGGUGGAAACGACCCUGCGAUAGUUCUACCUGACGCCUCUGUGCCACAAGUUGUCCCCCAUAUCUUGCGGGCGGCAUUCAUGAAUUCGGGCCAGGUCUGCUCUGCCGUUAAACGCAUUUAUGUCCAUGAAGCGAUCUAUGAUGACUUCGUUACAGCUGCUUCUGAGGAAGUAGGGAAGCUGAGCAGCUUGGUGGGGGACGGUAGGGAGUCUAAUGUCAAGUACGGCCCAUUGAACAAUGAGAUGCAAUAUAACCGAGUAAAGGAGCUGGUUGCUGAUGCUGUGAAGCACGGAGGCGAGAUCAUCCACGGACAGCUGAGGGAGGGGUUACCGGAGAAUGGAUACUUCAUGGCUCCGUCCAUAGUAACUGGUAUUACCGAUGGAGUCCGGUUGGUGGACGAAGAACAGUUCGGACCGGUUGUACCCAUAAUGAAAUACGCUGACGAGGCGGAGGUAAUCGCGCGGGCCAACGGCACACCUUACGGUCUGUCGGC